AUGUUUAUCACAACUAAAUCUACACCGUCCGGUGUGGUUCGGACGGCUCUCUUACGGAAUAGCGUUGCAUAUGCUGCGUGGGCAAUCUCCCGGCGAUCAAUGACGCAGAGCGCUACUCUUUAUCCUGCCAUUUCAUCUCGCGGACUAUCCUCCCCUCUAAACCAACCUAUUUACAUUUCUUCCUCCUUUGUUCAUGCGCACCCCACUCAUAUAAGUUCAAUCUUGGCUGUUCUCCCAGCGAGGCGAUCGUUCCGGUCGGGUCGUGUCCUUUGGCAGCAGAAGCAAAAGGAGUCGGAGCAAUCAAGCACAGAGAAUCACAAUUCAAACGAAUCGUCGCAAAAGGCAAAGAAUGAGGGAGAGGAGCAAGGAGACAAUUCCCAGGAAGGGAGCAAACAGAAAGAAGAACCACCUCCACCACCACCCCAUGGGGACAAAUCUCCAUGGCAGGUCUUCACUGAGACCCUUCGGUCCGAGUUCAAAGCCUCAAAGGAAUGGAAUGAAUCGACGAAAGCGUUGGCGUCCUCCGCGCAUCAGUUUACUGAGAGUGAAUCGGUUAAACGAGCUCGAGCUGCAUAUGAGGCUGCUUCUGGUGCCGCCACUUCGAAGACUUCCUCGGCUUUAAAAUCUACCGGAAAGGCGAUAGGGCAGGGGGCUGCGUGGACUUGGGAAACGCCAGUUGUCAAGGGACUUAGAUCCGGAGUAUCUGCCACCGGAAAGGGCAUUGAAAAGGUUACCAGGCCGGUUCGUGAAACUACUGCAUAUAAAACUGCUGUUGGGGGAGUGAAAGAAGCUAUAGAUGAUGGGAGUAGCUCCCGCUAUGGAGGAUGGAUGGACAAAGAGGAGCGACGAAAGCAAAGAGAGCUUCGAGAGCUUGCCGAGGCCAAAGCUGGCCGCCGCAAGGCAGAAAAGAUGGAAGAAGAUCCAAAUGCGGGUACCAACGUCACUCUUCAUAAAGACGCAGCUUGGAAAGAGUCAUGGCGGGAAUUCAAAGAGUCGAGUCGUCUUAUGCAAUCGUAUUUCAACCUUAAACAUACAUAUAAUGAAUCCGACAAUCCACUAGUCAGCACGGCUUGGAGCAUUUCAAAUCGAGUGGCCGGCUGGUUCGCAGAAAAUGAGACCGCGAUGGUCAUCAAGAAAUUCAGAGAAAUGGAUCCCAGUUUCCAAAUUGAGCCUUUCUUGCGGGAAUUGCGAGAAUAUAUGUUGCCCGAGGUUCUGGAUGCAUACGUCAAGGGAGACAUUGAAACCCUUAAACUUUGGCUUUCUGAGGCCCAAUACAACGUCUAUGCCGCGCUUGCCAAGCAAUACACGACAGCUGGACUAAAAUCGGAUGGGCGAAUUCUCGAUAUCCGCCAUGUCGAUAUCUCCCAUGCCCGUAUGCUGGAGCCAGGUGACAUCCCAGUUUUUAUCAUCACCUGCAGAACGCAGGAAGUACAUGUCUAUCGCAAUGCUAAAACCAACGAGCUUGCCGCUGGCAUGGAGGACAAAGUCCAACUAGUCACUUACGCCAUUGGCAUGACGAGAAUUCCAGAAGAUGUAAACAACCCCGAAACUCGAGGAUGGAGAAUGAUCGAGCUGCAAAAAGCAGGUCGUGAUUACAUUUAA